GCAAAAAAUUUAGUAUCCAUUUUCAAUUGGUUAGAUGCUUUAAAGAGAGAAUAUGUUGAAGCUGGCUUGCAAGUGACGUUAACAGCGUGCGAAAUAUUUAUCACUAAUAGUCGCACUUUAACCAAUAUAAAUAAUUCAAAUCAUUAUUCGUUAAUUUUGGUAGUGAAAAAAUGGUUUCAUUAGAUACCCUAACCACCACAGAAAAGGGGGCGACCCACACCAGCGUAAAUGGCCAAGCCGCGGCCGUCGGCGCCGGAGUUUUGUACGUGGCUGAGUCCAACGGGACUCAGAUGGAGAUCGACGUUUCUAGAAGGAGGAGAAUGACUAUGCUGCCCCUGGAAGUGGGGACACGCGUCUUGUGCAGAUGGCGGGACGGGAAGUACCAUGCCGUCAAGGUCAUCGAGCGCCGCAAGCUCCCCGGCGGCGGAGGCAACGACUACGAGUACUAUGUUCACUAUAAUGAAUUCAACAGGAGACUUGAUGAAUGGGUAAAACUUGAACAACUUGAUCUUGACUCUGUAGAAACUGUUGUGGACGAAAAGGUCGAGGACAAGUUUCAGGUAACAAGCUUGAAGAUGACACGCCACCAAAAGCGGAAGAUUGACGAGACACAUGUAGAGGGCCAUGAGGAGCUUGAUGCUGCAAGCUUGCGUGAACAUGAAGAAUUUACAAAAGUUAAAAAUAUUGCAACGAUAGAACUCGGAAGAUAUGAGAUUGAGACAUGGUACUUCUCCCCCUUUCCACCAGAAUACAAUGAGUGUACCAAGCUGUUCUUUUGUGAGUUUUGCCUCAAUUUCAUGAAGCGUAAAGAACAGCUUCAGAGGCAUAUGAGGAAAUGUGAUCUCAAGCAUCCUCCUGGUGACGAGAUAUACCGAAGCGGCACCUUGUCAAUGUUUGAGGUUGAUGGCAAAAAGAACAAGGUUUAUGGCCAGAAUCUUUGCUAUCUGGCUAAAUUGUUUCUUGAUCACAAGACCCUGUACUAUGAUGUUGACCUAUUUCUGUUUUAUGUACUGUGUGAAUGUGAUGAUCGAGGAUGUCACAUGGUUGGCUACUUCUCCAAGGAAAAGCAUUCAGAGGAGUCCUAUAAUUUGGCCUGCAUUCUUACUCUUCCUCCUUAUCAGAGAAAAGGCUAUGGAAAAUUCCUAAUUGCAUUUUCAUACGAGCUUUCGAAGAAGGAAGGUAAAGUUGGAACACCAGAAAGACCCCUUUCUGACCUUGGUCUUUUAAGCUACCGAGGAUACUGGACACGUGUACUUCUAGAUAUUCUGAAAAAGCACAAGGGCAACAUCUCUAUUAAGGAGCUCAGUGACAUGACGGCAAUCAAGGCAGAGGAUAUUCUGACGACCCUUCAGAGUUUAGAGUUGAUCCAGUACCGUAAGGGGCAGCAUGUAAUUUGUGCUGAUCCCAAGGUGUUGGACCGUCAUCUGAAAGCUGCAGGCCGAGGUGGUCUUGAUGUUGAUGUUUGUAAAUUGAUAUGGACUCCCUAUAAAGAGCAGAAUUAAUUUCAUAUUAUCAAGGUCUUUUUAUGGCUGAGUCACCCUUGUAGUGCGACUUGAACUGUUCUGUGUAAAUAGAAAAUCUAUCAGAAGAACAAAGCUUCUGGUGUUAGUUCUAGGUCUAGGAUAUCUUUAACUUAUUAUAUGGUUGUUGAUUAUUAUAAAGGCAGUAUGGUAGUGUUUCUACUGUAAGUGAGGCCGAAUUUGUCAUUUGAUGUAGGAUUGGUAUGAAUAAUUAAUUAUGAUUCUGCACAAAUUAGAUUUCAGGCAAUUCCCUCA